UUAUCAGACACGCUUUAUUCCACUGAAUUAAUGUACGCGUACCUUUCAGACACCAAAGAAAACAAUGAGCUUGUACUAUCGCGGUUUUGUUGCUAUUUUUAUCAGCUAACGUCAGCUUAAAUCAGCUAACGGUAACAUUUAACUUUGGCUUUUGGUCGUGUCGUGUGUAGCAAGCAGUCGGUUUAUCACUUUAUAUUAUAUAUUUUUACACUCAAAAUAAGUUUACUAUAUAUUUUAUGUAAACUUAAGAUGUAGUUAUGUUUGUGUCAUUACACAAUUCAGCUUUUAUUAUCCCGUGUUUGUUUGUGAAUAACUGGAUUCUUCAUUGACAAUUGACGUUACAUCGAUUUUGUUACUAAGGAAAUACAGGAAAAUGUCGAAAAAGUCGAAAAAGAGAAAGCGCAGGAAGUUGUCAUCAUCCUCAAGUGAAGAAGAUGAGAAGCCAUCAAAAGAAAAAGCUGGUUCCAAACAUCAUGAAAGUUCCAAGAAGAAGCACGAUGAUAAGAGCCAGGAGAGGUCAGAUAAAGUGAGUACAGCAAAACCAGAAAAAUGUGCUCCUCCUUCCGUUAAAGAUGUUUCCCAAAGCACCCGCCAGAUCAAAAAGCCUGUUUACAGACUGGUGGUAACACAAGCAACAGACCAGAAACCUGUUAAAAGGGAAGAAGAAUGUCAAAAAACAAAAAGUAUCUCUGUGCCAUUCCAUGGGGGAAAAUGCUCUAGAAAAGCAAAAAAUGAUAUUUCUAAGAGAGAUAACAAUGUCAAUGGGAGUAAGACUGUGGAAAGGGAAGCCUCAAAAUCCUCAAAAAAAUCAGGUAGAGUUCCUGAGAGGACAGAGAAGACAUCUAAAAGCUGCGCAGAUGAAAAGUCUUUCCAUAGGAGCCCAAACAAAUCAAAAAAGGAGCUAAUGAGUCCCAGUUUAGUUUUUGCUGAACGGAAAGAAAAGGUGCAGGAUGUACCGAAGAAGAAGUGCAGAGCUGAGGAACCACAGCAGACUGAAAAUGACAGCAAAACUAUCAAGACCAAGGAACCAAGCGAGACCUCCUCGGUCUCCAAGGAUUCUUUGGCACUAAAGAGGACUGAACUUUUCGAGAAGAUGUGCCAAAAGCAUGAAGAAAAUAAGGCCAAAAAGAGCCUAUGUACAGAAGCAAAAACUCCCUCUGCCCCUACCACAGAGCAUUCCUCCACGCCAGCAAAGCACACUACCUCAGUUAGUCAGUCAAAUAAGUGGAAAAGUGUCACUUCAAUCCCAGGGAAUGCCACAUCAGUGUCACAGAAGACAGAUAAGUCAUCAUCUGCUAAGAAAAAAAUAUCAUUUGUGCCUUUUAAUUUUAGGAUACCAAGAAAGGUUCAACCAAUUACCAAAGUAGAUAGCACUAGUAAGAGUAAUGAUGAUAAUAAGAAAAAUGAUGCCAGUUCUACAAACAGAGAUCUCAAAGAUGGGACUGAGGUGUCAGACUGUGGGGCCUCAGUGAGCAACUCCAAGCAGGAAACUGUCCAACAGGCUCACAGCUGUUUGGAUGUUACACCUUGUUCUUCAUCUGAAGGACAAGAUAAGAGGUCAUCUUUGUCAAGCCAACUCCCAGCUACAUCUCAUACCAUCCCUGAGCCGCGGCAUGACCAGACGAAAGUGGUUGAAGAGCUUCAUCUUGCCCGCUCUGAGAAGAGACUGGAGCUGAAUGUAAUGGAAAGCUAUGGAGAACUUACCUGUAUGGACAUAGACCCUCCAGAAGAGGGAGCUGCAGACACACUCUGUAAACAGUCUCCUCAGCAAGAGCUGAUCAUUGUUUUGGACACCAACAUUCUCCUCAGUCACCUGGAUUAUAUCAAAAAGAUCCAAUCUCAUGGCCUUGGAGGCCUGGGCUUCCCUAUAAUCCUGAUCCCCUGGGUGGUGCUUCAGGAGCUGGAUUACCUCAAAAGGGGGAGAGGUCUGUCAGGUUCUGUGGCCCACAUGGCCACUCCUGCAAUCUCGUACAUUUACAACUCUUUGAAGAGCCGGAAACCUCACCUCUGGGGGCAGUCUAUGCAGCAGGCCACUGCAAGUUGUAAUGGUCUGAAUGCUGAGAAUAAUGAUGACAGGGUGCUGCAGUGCUGCCUGCAAUACCAGAGUCUGUACCCAGAGUGUGCUCAUAUUCUAUGCACUAAUGAUAAGAAUCUAUGCAGUAAGGCCCUCCUGAGUGGGGUGACAGCCUUCAGCAAGAGUGAUUUGGAGGCAGAGGUUGGAAGAUCUGGACAUGGCUUUCAUCCUCUGCAAAACAUUAAGACUCCAAUGCUGCCUCACAUCAGCCAUCAGGUCCCAGGACCAAUGCAAAGCAGGAGCUUUACACCAGUGCAGCCACACAGUCAAGUGAGAACAGGCAUUCCUGUAGAGGAGAAAGAUAGCGAGCAACUGAGCAAAAGAGAGGACGAAGAACAGACAAAAUGGGACCGUAGCAGUGUUUCUGAACUAGAAGAAUGCCUGCGAGAGGUGCUGUCUGAUGUUUUAGAGGUGGAGAUGAAGGCCGCUUUUGAAGACCUCUGGCUAGAGAUUGUUUAUAUAAAACCACCUUGGACUCUCUUGGAUGUCCUGCAGUGUUUGAAAAAGCACUGGAUUGCUGUCUUUGGGCACAUUGUCCCAAGGGAUUAUCUGCAAACUGUUUUAAGCCUCAUUGACUUCUUUAACUCAGGUAAAACAUCAGAUCGUAGUGCUGCCUCAACAGCCCACCAAGAAGCUAAGGGGCUUGUGCAAGCGUUUGGGAAAAGCUCUAGCCGUGUUCCUAGUGCUCUCUCUGUAUUGGACCACAUUUACAAUAAGCUACAACUGCAGUGGGAAUCGCCUGGCAGUGAUGUUGUCAUGAAUGAUGAUGAUGAUGAAGAAGAAAAACAACCCACGUCUGCUCAGGUCUCUCACCAGGAAGUGUGGGCCCUGUUUGAGAAAAUCUGGUCGAAUGUGUGUGAAAUAAGCAUAGAGGGAUUCAAAGCUCUGGGCUAUGACCCUCACACCAUGCAGAGCGCUCAACCAGUGGGAGGUGCUCCACCACCACAGGACGCAUUGGUCUGUUUGCACAAACUGUCCUUCAUGGUCUCACAGCUGCUCCAAGCCUUCAGCAGUGUCUUCUCAGCGCCUGGUUUAGAGGAAGUCCAGACACUGCUCCACAUCAUCCAAUCUAAUCAGCUUGUUGAGGUGGAUCCCAGAUUUACUGCCAGAGAUCUGCUCGAUUGUUUCAAACAACAAGAGUACAGGGAAAAGCUGGGACUUGGAGGGACCCAGUUAAUGUACCUAAAACAGGCCCUGGAUCGUUGUGUUGAGACUACAAGUCAACGCGUCCCCUUCACAUCACUGCUCUGACUCAGAACCAGGAAGAAGAAGCUGAAUACAUUUUUUAAUUUUUUUUUAAUUUAAGUUAUUGGUGAGGUUGUCACACAAUCAUAAAUGAUGAGGGACAAGACUUUAUUAAAAGUGUCUAGCUGUCAGUUUUGGCUAGUUUUGGUUGCUUUUUUUUUAAAGAAGAAAUGUAAAUAAUUUCAGAACACUAUAUUUUAUGUAAAAGAGUUAAAUGUUUACAACAAGAAAUUAAAUGUUUUGAAGCUU